AGGAAUUCUCACCUUGUGAUAGCACCUUCGCCUUCGUUUUUUUUUUCUUUCACUAUUGUUGUUCUUGUUAUUUUCCCCUCACACUAGUCGUAGCAACGCAUAGCACCUGGUUUCAGCCUCUCCUCGCUCUUCCUUCUCUCUUUCCUCAGCGAUCGCGAUUUUCCGUAUCGUCUCGUAUAUCUUUCUCUUGUUCAGUGAAGCUCGCUCUCUUGUUGCGGGGAGCACCUCUGCGUCCGUCUCACGAAGACUUCAUCUCUUUUAACUGGGUUUAUUGGAUUUUAUUUUAUAUUUAUUUCUUUCUUUCUUUCAUUUAUUAUUUCUUCCUCUUUCCUCGUGUAUUUGACUCUCCGCCGUGUGUCUGUGUGUCCCGACGCACCCUCAAAGUCAGUCGUGGUGAACCCGCCGGGUUUUCUCUUUAGCUGUUGUUGCUGCCCUUUGUUCGCUUCUCCUUUUUUUUCUCUUUUGCCUGAGAGAACAAGAAAAAACCUUAAACCCCAAAACGCAUUCAUUUGUUUCUACGUAAAGCAGCAGCAGCAGCGGUAGUGUUCGUCGUAGUAACGCCCGACUUCUUAAAAAAAAAAGAAAAGAGUGGAUAUACAUACCCACAUACAGAUUUCCCAAGUAGACCAACGUGUCCGCUCGUUCGAUUACCAAGCUGUACUUUCUCUGAACUGCCUCUUCUCUGUUUUUGUUUCUCUCUUUUUUUUUACUAUUUUUACUAUUACUUCUGUCUCGACUGACCUUGAUCUCCUUGCGACAAAAUCGCCUCGUUUUGGAUAUCAGCCGGGGUUUUUCUUUAGUUCUUCUUCUCACACACACACACACACACACACACCUUCUUUGUUACAAAAGAAAAAAAAAACCUUCCUUUUCGCAGUUGAGGAGCUUGUGAACUCUUCGAAAGCGGUCCAACACGGUGAACGAAGAAGCAGAAGCGCAGAUCAUCUGUGCUGGUUCUUUGCGGUCGUUGUUGUUUCACUGCUCGGCUUUGUCGCGCCAGAGUUCACCGCCCCUUCUCUUCUUCCCCAAUUUGUUUUGUUUGUUUUCGUUCUUGUUUUCUUUUUCUCUUUCUUUUCUUUUUUUUUUAGUCUUUCGAAAUCGAAUAGCAUUAACUCCUGCCAGCGUUUUUUUUUCUCUUCUGUAUUAUUAUUUCGUGGUUUAUUGUUUGUUGGUUUCCUUCUCUUUCAGUGAUCUCUCGCUCGCUCUCUCUCUCUCUCCCCCUGCGCAUAAGUCCAAUAGUUCUUGCAAUAGCGAAGAAUAUACCCACUGCGGUGCAGACGCGUCCUUUUUUUGGUUUUGCUUCCUUCCUUUCAUUCUUCUCCAGCUCGUCUCGCAUUAUUAUUUCUAUUAGUUGUUUUCUUUGACAUCGAUUCUUUGCUUUCUCCUUUCUCCUUUCUUUCUGCGACCCAACCAUGAUGCGUCGUAUUUCCGCGCAAACGGUUGCGGCGGCCGUCGGCCUCGCUGCUGCUGCACCGACGACCCGCCAGGCGGUGGUGCACCUCGCCGCGUUGAACUUCGGCGCCGCUCGCCGCUUCAACUCCUCCGGCGCACCCGCCUCGGUGGACCGCGCUGCGAUUAUCAUGCGCAUCAACAAGGAGGGCGUCUUUGACACGAAAAUCGUGGAGUCGCUCGUGAACAAGUACGUGAACGGCUUUGAGAAGACGACGUACCUGCAGAACUUCACGCUGGAGGAGAUCACCUCCCACGUGCAGGGGCUUCUGACGGCCGAGGCGCGCUUCCGCAUGGGCGACACCUUUGAGUACGUGCAUGAGGACGCGCACAGCGCCUUUUACAUCUGCCACAACGAGCCCAAAACGAAGCUGCGCAUGGUGCGCAAGAUGGCGGAGUUCGUAUCACUCAACGAGGACCUCACCUUGGGCAGCAACACGCUCCACUACGUCAGCGAGGACCGCAACAUCGCCAUCUACACCGCCGUCACGGAGGGCUUCGCGAAGGAGCGGCAGGGUGAGCAACACGUGAACCCCAAAAGCCCGGCGCUGCCGACGGUGACCGCCGACCGGCAGCUGAACGAGGCCACCCGCGACCUCAUUCGCGGCCUGCUGCGUCGCCAGCUGACGUCCGUCUUCCCUGUCUUCGACAUUGCCAAGAGUGACGACGGCCACGUGCACUUUACGAUGGCGACCACGGUGGAGCGCACUAACUACGUCGCCUCGCUGCUCGCCAUCUUUCAGGAGAUCGCCGGCGCGGAGGUGGUGAGCAGUGCCUCCUUCACCUUCUCGAACGGGGUGCAGGUGUACAUGUUCGCCGUCAAGGGCACCACGGCGGCGGCGAUCGAGGAGCGGGCGUCGAUGGUGGGUCUCCUGCCGAACCGCCCCUUUAACGCGAUGACGCGCAUGCACGAGGCCGGUGCGCUGACGUGCGAGGAGACAGUCUUCAUUGACGCCGCGGUGAUCUUCUCCAUGUACUUCACUCGAAGCCCGACGACGGAUGACUACCGCCACCUGAGUGCGAUCCUGGAGAAGGAGCCGAACGGCGUGCACCGCCUCAACAAUCUGCGCUCAUCGCUCACGCAGGAGGUGAUGUCGGAGCGCUACGCCGGCUCCGUCAUCGCCCUCUACCCGGAGUUCGUGAAGAUGAUUUACGAGGACUUCCGCCUCGGUUCCACCGCGGAGCGGCGUGCCACUAUUGCGGACAAGAUCAGCCACCGCCUGCGCGAGGAUGAGCGCCCCGACUACGACUUCGAAAUCUUCCGCUCCUUCAUCAAGUUCAACGAGGUGAUCAUCAAGCACAACUUCUUCAAGACGGACAAGGCCGCCCUCGCCUUCCGGCUGAACCCGGCGUUCCUGCAGGAGCUCAAGUUCCCGCGCGUGCCGCACGGCGUGUUCCUCUUCGCCGGCGGGCAGUGGCGUGGCUUCCACAUUCGCUUCACCGACAUCGCGCGUGGCGGGGUGCGCAUGAUCAUCUCAAAGGAGAAGAACUACCGCAAGAACAAGCGCAGCGUCUUCCAGGAGAACUACAAUCUCGCCCUCACGCAGCUGCUCAAGAACAAGGACAUCCCGGAGGGCGGCAGCAAGGGGACGAUCCUGGUCUCCAGCCGCUACCUCAACAAGUUUGACGAGGUCCGCUGCAAACACAUCUUCCUCCAGUAUGUCGAUGCCCUGCUGGACCUCAUCAUCCCUGGCGAGAGCGGCGUCGUGGACAACCUGCAGAAGAACGAGAUCAUCUUCCUCGGCCCUGACGAGAACACCGCCGGCACCUUCCCGGCUGCGGGGGCGACGUACAGCAGGGACCGCGGUUACGCGGCGUGGAAAUCCUUCACCACCGGCAAGGACCCCGAGCUGGGCGGCAUCCCACACGACGUGUACGGCAUGACAACGCACAGCGUCCGCGCCUACGUCACCUCCCUCUACGAGAAGCUCGGCCUGCAGGAGACGGAGAUGCGCAAGUUCCAGACCGGCGGCCCGGACGGCGACCUCGGCUCCAAUGAGGUGCUGCGCAGCAAGGAGAAGAUGAUCGGCAUGGUCGACAUCUCCGCCUCCCUGCACGACCCGCACGGCAUCGACCGCACCGAGCUGAACCGCCUCGCCCACCACCGCCUCCCCCUGCGGGAGUUCAACCGCAGCAAGCUGUCGAAGGAGGGCUUCCUCGUGCUGACGGAGGACCGCAACAUCACGCUGCCGGACCGCACCUUCGUCGAGGACGGCGCGCGCCUGCGUGAUGAGUUCCAUUUCUUGAAGUACUCCGACGCGGACAUCUUCGUGCCGUGCGGCGGUCGCCCGCGCAGCGUCACGCUGGAGAACGUCGGCCGCUUCCUGAAGGUGCCGGACGCGGACGGGGAGUCGAUGAUGGCGGGUAAGUACGCAAACCUGCCGCCGGAGUCGCUGAAGUUCAAGCUGAUCGUCGAGGGCGCCAACUUGUUCAUCUCGCAGGAUGCCCGCCUGGCGCUGGAGCGCUGCGGCGUGGUGCUGAUCAAGGACGCGUCGGCGAACAAAGGUGGCGUGACCUCCUCCUCGCUCGAGGUCUUCGCCGGCCUGUGCCUCUCGGACGAGGAGCACGCGAAGUACAUGUCCGCCAAGAGCGAGACGGACGCGCCAGAGUUCUACAAGAAGUACGUGCAGGAGAUUCUCGACCGCGUCGAGGAGAACGCGAAGCUCGAGUUCGAGGCGAUCUGGCGUGAGGGGGAGAAGAACCCGCAGCAGCCCAAGACGCUCAUCGCGGAUGCCCUCAGCAGCAAGAACGUGCAAAUCCGCGCGAACAUGCUGAGCAGCGACAUCUUCCAGAGCAAGGACCUUGUCCGCUACGUCAUGGGGGAGUACGCGCCCAAGACGCUGAAGGAGGUGGUCCCUGUCGAUGUGAUGCUGCAGCGUGUGCCGGAGAACUACCAGCACGCCAUCUGCGCCAUGUGGCUCGCCUCACGCUACGUCUACCAAACCGGCAUCGACAGCAACGAGUUCGACUUCUUCCGCUACAUGACGGAGAUCAACAACCAAGUGGUGAAGAGCGCCAAGAAGUAA